CCCACCAACUACUUCCUGGUGUCCCUGGCGGCGGCCGACGUGGCCGUGGGGCUGUUCGCCAUCCCCUUUGCCAUCACCAUCAGCCUGGGCUUCUGCACCGACUUCUACAGCUGCCUCUUCCUCGCCUGCUUCGUGCUGGUGCUCACGCAGAGUUCCAUCUUCAGCCUCCUGGCCGUGGCCGUGGACCGGUACCUGGCCAUCCUCGUCCCGCUCAGAUACAAGAGUUUGGUCACUGGGACCCGAGCGAGAAGAGUCAUUGCUGUCCUCUGGGUGCUUGCCUUUGGCAUUGGACUGACCCCUUUCCUGGGCUGGAACAGUAAAGACAGUGCCACCAACUGCACAGAGCCCUGGGAUGGAACCAUCAAUGAAAGCUGCUGCCUUGUGAAGUGUCUUUUUGAGAAUGUGGUCCCCAUGAGUUACAUGGUGUAUUUCAACUUCUUUGGGUGUGUCCUGCCCCCACUGCUCAUAAUGCUAGUGAUCUACAUCAAGAUCUUCAUGGUGGCCUGCAGGCAGCUUCAGCGCACCGAGCUGAUGGACCACUCAAGGACCGUCCUCCAGCGAGAGAUCCACGCCGCUAAGUCCCUGGCCAUGAUCGUGGGGAUUUUUGCUGUGUGCUGGCUACCAGUGCAUGCCAUCAACUGUGUCACCCUUUUUCAGCCAGUUCAGGCCAAGGAGAAGCCCAAGUGGGCAAUGAAUAUGGCUAUUCUCCUGUCACAUGCCAACUCAGUUGUCAAUCCCAUCGUUUAUGCCUACAGGAACCGAGACUUCCGUUAUACUUUUCACAAACUCAUCUCCAGGUAUGUUCUCUGCCAGACAGAUGUCUUCAAGAGUGGGAAUGGGCAGGCGGGGGCACAGCCUGCUCUCAACAUGGGCCUAUGACUUGGAUGGACUCUGUCUUCUUCAAAAGGCACAAAUCCACAAUAAACAGAGGGACAGGACAUGAUUGGAUGAUCCUCACAUGAAAGACAGUUAUGCCUCACAAGCAUAUGGGUUGCCUCUUUUGAGCAUCUCCCUGAGGUUACCACAUAUCUAACUAAUAUAUACAUGAUAUUAGUAGGUUCCAAGGGUUGACAAAUAACAUAUGGUCCUGUCUGGAUGCUCUCACUGUGUGGAUGAUGCUGACAACUUGAAUGGAUUGUAAAAUAAUGUUGUUGUUUUUUAAAGUCUGCCUUUUUCAUGGUAGAAAAUGAAUAAAACUAUUUUUCUGUGAAA